AUAAUAUUUGAAACCGAAAGCAUCGACACGCCCGUCGGAUUCUUGCACCAACUUGGCAGUGCAAUUUGAACUUGGUGGUAAAACAUCUGCCCGCAAGCAUGGAUCCUGAAAGUUUGGAUAUGGUUAACCGCGACCCCCAAGAGUUGAACCCCCAUGUUCGGGCGUUGUGGGAAGACGUCUUCGCGGAACCCGAGGGGACGCACAGCAUUGACGGCGUGUGGCGCUGUUCCUUCAAAACCUUCAAUUUCGCCAAGUCGUGUUGCUACAAAAUACUUACCGUACUGUGCGCCGUUCCCUCUUCGUUAAUGUGGGGUUUCUGCUUCGCAUUCCAGUCCUUCGAACAGAUCUGGUGCGUCACCCCAAUGCUGAAGGCUUUGAUGAUCGACAUGGGAGCGGUCAAGCGAUACUACACGAUAGUGUGUGGAGCUAUCUGCGUUCCAGUAUGCGAAACGUGUGGAGCCUGUCUCUCACAGAUAAGAAUAACUUUAACGAAAAACUAGUCGUUGGCUGCAGAACCUAGAAAAGGCCACUGUUGCCUGCAUGAUUAAGGCAACAGUAGAGCUAACAGUUUAUAUUAAUGCUGAAUUUACCUGAAUUGUAUAACAGUGUUACUGGAGAAACACAUACGGAAAGUUAGCAAUCAAUUUUCAGCUGAAUAUUCCAGUAAUGUAUCUUACUUAUUACUUCUCGUAUUUCUCAUAUGUUCAUUUCAGUAUGUGUUGGUCUUUUGUAAAAUAAGUGAAAAGAAAAACUCAAUAAACUCGACUCUUACAACCUAA